AAUUCUACUAUAUUCUUCAAUAUUUCUCGCUAUCUAUGGCGAGAUAUAGAUUAUAUCGCAUGGUAUCCUAUGUUCAAAAACUUGGAAUAUAUAUCAGGUUUCUUUGCAUUUUCAAAAGAUUCACUUAUAAAGACAGAAAUAAUGACAUCAUUGAAUACGAUUAUGUGGAAAAUGAAAUAUCCCAAUUUUCAAUCAGAUAGAUUGAGCCAGGAGAACGUUUUCACUAAAUGUUUGAAGCAAGAGGCUGCAAGAUGGUUGUGCACUACGAAUCAUGAUAAUUGCUUGUUAACAGCUAAAAAUGAAUUAAACCAAUAUCUCUCGACUUAUACCAACCGCACUAAAAUUUGGCCGGGAUGGAAAGAAUGGAUAUUCUGCAAUGGUUUGAAGUCAACGAGUGACGAUACUUGGAUGCGAGUGUUUAAUAUAUAUUUGGAAGAAUCAGAUUAUAGUGUUUUAAAAUUUUUAACUUGCUCUAAAAAUUCCUCGGUCAUUGUCAAGUAUAUAGAGCUAAUGACAUUGGACGCUGCUCAGGCAAAAGUAAUCACAGAUUUCGAUCAUACAAACAGUUUAUGUUCUAUUAUUGCGAGACAUGCAAAGAAUAUCGAUGUAUUUGAUUUCAUAUUAUACAAUUUGGAAAACAUAAAACCCAUACAAAUCGAUGUAAUUCCAAUAUUAACUAUCAUCAUUAACCAUGUACAUUCUAAGCAACAAAUUGACAAGAUAAAAGAGUACAUAAAGUAUAAAAUCCCGUAUCUUCUGAAAUAUCCAUCACCGUCUAUGAAUAAUUAUGAUCGUGAUCAAUAUGGUGAUGAGAUAAACAAAUACUGUUUAUUUAGAAAAAAGCAUAUGGAUAUUAUGAUAGAACAUGUAAACCACAAGCUAGGAUUACGUUGGGAUCAAAUAAAGACUCAACUGUACGAAUAUCGAUAUCUUAUAAAAGACUUUGAUGAUAUUUUUAGAGCACUUGACUGAUUAAUUAAUUAAAUCAGGAAAAAAUAGCUAAAUAACACAGUAUGAGACAGAACGUGUUGGUAGAUGUAACUUUAUUCUACUCGACGAAUAAAAAAUAAUAUGCAGUACAGUAUAUUGAAUGGGCGUCAAAUAAUCGUUGCGACAAAAAUAACAUAAUGGUUUCAAUUGAAUAAUACAAAAGAUAGAGAAUAAAUUACUCCUGUGACGCAAUGUACAAAAAAAGAAUUAGGAAAACAGAAAAGGACAGUUAUAUCUACAACUAUAGUAGCGCAGUUGUCAUAAAAAUGAAUACCUAACAAUUUUGUAUAAUAAUUACAAUAACUCAAGAAUAAGAAAAGAGUAAAAAAGUAAAUA